AUGGCAAUGAGAAAAUUUUUAAUUAGUUUUAAUUAUUUAAAUAAUUAUAAAAAUCAAGCAGUUAGAUAUUUAACAACACCUAGUACUUCAAUCAAAAAUUCUGAUAUGUUAAAUGAAACAGCUACAGAAUUAGUUAAAUCAAUUGUUGAAGAAUAUGAAACGAAAGGAAAAAUAUUUACACUGCCUUGGGUGGAUCAACAUGUGAGUUUCUUAUUUAUUCUGAUUUUCAAAUAAUGGUAUUAAAUUCUGAUAUUAAUUCUGAUUUUAAGAUUCUGGUAAUAAUUCUGAUUUUUAAUUUUGAUCAUUCUGAUUUUGUAAUUC